AUGUCCACUCCUCAAGUUUCCGUCGUCAGCCUCGACGGCAAGGCCACAUCCAGCUCUCUGCCGCUCCCAGCCGUGUUCAAGGCUCCUAUCAGACCAGACAUCGUCCACUCCGUCUUCACCAGAGUCAACAAGAACAAGAGACAGGCUUACGCCGUCGCUGAAAACGCUGGUCACCAGACCUCUGCCGAGUCCUGGGGUACCGGAAGAGCCGUUGCCAGAAUCCCAAGAGUGGGCGGUGGCGGAACCCACAGAUCCGGCCAGGCUGCUUUCGGUAACAUGUGCAGAGGCGGUCGUAUGUUCGCUCCAACCAAGAUCUGGAGAAGAUGGCAUGUCAAGGUCAACCUCAACGAGAAGAGAUACGCCACUGCUUCUGCCAUUGCUGCCACUGCCGUGCAGUCCCUUGUUUUGGCCAGAGGCCACAGAGUCGAGGAGAUUCCUCAGAUUCCAUUGGUUGUCUCCUCCGAGCUUGAGUCCGUCACCAAGACCAAGGAGGCCGUUGCUGUUCUGAAGGCUGUCGGCGCCCACAAGGACGUCGUCAAGGUCAUCAAGUCCAAGAAGAUGAGAGCCGGUAAGGGUAAGCUGAGAGGCAGAAGAUUCACCCAGAGAAGAGGUCCAUUGAUUGUCUACGGCGAGGACAAGGGUCUUGUCAAGGCUUUCAGAAACCUGCCGGGCGUCGAGACCGCUCCGGUUACUGCUCUGGGCCUGCUGCAGCUGGCUCCAGGUGCGCACUUGGGAAGAUUUGUCAUCUGGACCGAGUCUGCCUUUGCUGCUCUGGACUCUGUCUACCAGUCCAAGUCCGGCUACGCUCUGCCAGCCAACAUUGUCUCCAACACGGACGUCACCAGACUGAUCAACUCUGCUGAGAUCCAGGCUGUUGUCAGACCAGCUGGCCAGGCCACCCAGAAGAGAACCCACGUUCUGAAGAAGAACCCAUUGAAGAACAAGCAGGUUCUGCUGAGACUCAACCCAUACGCCAAGGCGUUCUCCGAGAAGAAACUCGGAUCUGCCAAGGCCGAGAACCAGCCGGCCAAGCCAUCCAAGGGCCAGUUCUUGGACGUUUUGAGAAGUAACUAG